AUGAACGCAUCCUCAACAACCCUAUUCCAAGAUGUGCAGUUGGAGGAGGAAGAGGAGGAUCACGUGUAUCUUGGUGAACACACAAAAGACUGGAAGGAUGAAAGGCGGCAGCAACGUUGGCGAGAGCGACGCACCGAUGCAUUCCAGUCUAACAUGUGUGCUGUUGGGUUACCUGGUGGUAGCAUGGCCUAUCUUGAUUUUCUUGUGUUGGUGAAUGGGGUUGAGUCGUACCGCAUGCAUCAUUGUAGCAGCGUAUAUGUGGCGGCAACAAUGAUAAAACAAAUCAUUUGCCUCAAUACAUCAACGUUUUCCCUUGUUGCUAUGUUUGCUGUCUCUAUGGCAAUGCAACGGCUGGACAUUCUUAAUGGCAUGGAUCUGUUAUUUUUUGUUGGCCUGGCGUGUAUUCUACUGUAUAUUUUGCACAGGUGGUCUAUCAUAGUUGCAUACACGACGCUGCAUAUCGCAGUCCUUUUCACUAUCAUGGUCUACAACACAAGUUAUCAUCCAAAUAGUAUAUCCUAUGCCUGGAUAGAGAUUACUGACAUCUUCAUUGGCAAGAACCCUUUUGUCCUUUUGGUGUACUUUAUUUUACUGCUGUUGUGGUGGUGCUGCAAAUGCGUCUUUCUAGGCGUGAAAGGAGUGGGAAUAUCACCAUUCAAGAAAUUCUUCAACGAAUGGAAUGGCGUUGCUACAUAUCAUGUGCAGUUUCUUCACAACCUCGUCAGCAUUUCUUGA